AUGCAAUCGCUAAACAAUGGUUUGCUGCGUAAUGUACCUCUCAUCGGAAAAGGCACCAGACCUCAGGUCUUUUUCGCGCACUCCAGCUCAGUGGCAGGGUCUCUUUCGACCGUAAUUUUGCUUCCAGAGACGUGCAUUGCAGUUGUUGUUCUCGUCAACAGCAAGCCUACCUGCGACAGCUCUGAUUUCAUUACUAUUAUGAUAUUAGAAAGACUUCUUGGAGGCUGUGGGGGCCACGACUUCGCAGAAUUGACCAGAGAGGCCUUGGACAAAGCUUCUCGUCGAUAUUCGGAGCAGAAAGCGGAACUGGAAUCUUCGAGAGUUCUACAUACGUCCCCUAAGCCACUGAACGAGCACCGGGGAAGAUACUCUUGGAAGUCCAAGUCUCUUUUUGUUGAUGUUUUCGUCGAAGACGACAAGCUGAAAUUCCAAGUCAUGGGGCGAUCUGAUCAGAUAUAUGGCCUGGAGCAUUACCACUACGACACAUUUGCCUGGCUAAUGACAGAUGAUGAGGAAGCAGAAAGAGCUCGCUAUGUUCAAGCGAUUGGGGCUUACAAGUUUGUCUUUCAGACUGACGACAUCGACCGUGUAACAGGCUUCAAAGAAGCGAUAUUCGCACCACAUGGCUCGGUGAGCACCAAGACCUGCAACACAGUCGAGCAAAGUGACAUGCUCAACAUCCAAUCUAGCGCUGCAUGGCUUGGAGCAAGAAUCAUUCUCCGACAAGUUUCUCCAGAAGCCUCCUCGAUUUACGACUUCGUCAUUGAGCUCCAUCGCAGCUGUUCAGGUGAUUGGAAUUCGCUCAUUGGGAACGAAGUCAACAGCGUUGAGCUCCAAGCCUUGUUGACAUAUAUGGCGACGUUUCUGUCCAAUGUUGGGAAUUAUUAUGGCUCCGGGGAUCAAAAGUUUAUCCCCAGUGUGGACAAGUCGCUUCUGCACAAGCUGGCAACAAGAUCCACUAGAAGUGUCAUUAGUGCGUAUAUCGAAAGCUUUGAAACGGGCAGUCUAGAUGCGUACCGCAAAUCGCAACGCCUCUGGGUCCGGGAUAAAGCACCGAGGGUGGAGAAUAUCUUUGGGUUUGUUGAGCCUUACCGUGAUCCGCAGGGCGUUCGAGCAGAAUUUGAGGCCUUGGUUGCUAUUGCAGAUGAUAAAGAGACUUUGCUUCUUACUAAACUAGUUGACAAUUCGGCAAGAUUUAUUCGCUGGCUGCCUUGGGCAACGCCUAAGAAUGAUGGUAAAGGACCGUUUGAGAAGAGUCUAUUUGAGCCGCCGGACUGUUCGAGCAUUCAUGCUCUGGCGUACUGUUCGAGCAUCAUCUUCCCAGGGAUAAACUUGCCUAAUUAUAAUGACAUUCGCCAAGAGGACGGGUUCAAGAAUGUCAUCAUCUCGAAUCGCAUGAUCGCUGAGAGCCAAGCAAUACAGUACCCUUUGGUAGAAGAGUCCGAGGCAGAACAAUUUAAAAAACAUAGAUUUCAUGCCUACUACUGGUGGGUCGUGCUCCAUGAGCUGCUGGGCCAUGGCACAGGGCAGAUGAUGGUUGAGAACGCCGAUGGUCAGACUUGGACUGGUCAGUUUGGCGAUUUAGCAACUACAGUUGACGAAUGCAGGGCUGAAUUCGUUGGCGCCUACCUGAUGGAUGACUCAGAGCUUCUUGCCCUAUUUGGCUUCACGGAUAGUUCUGAGAUUUGCGCUGAGGACUUAACGUACAAUCUUUACUUACAGCUAGGCGUUGACGGGCUACGGGGACUAUCGAAUUAUAAUGUGCAAAGCAAUAACUGGGGCCAAGCUCAUAGCCGGGCACACUUUGCUAUAUUGAAGUGCUUGCUUCAAGAUGGCGGCGGCGUCAUAACUGUCGCCCACAACAAGCUCGAGCACAGUUUAAAAGUGCGAGUGGACCGAUCCAAGAUUCGGACUCACGGGAAGCCUGCGUUGGGCAACAUGCUUUUGCAUCUGCACAUGUUUCGAUGUACAGCCGAUACCAAAGGCUGUCGAACUUACUACGAGAAGCUAUCGAGCGUUAAUGGCGAGUAUAUUGAGUGGAGGGAGACUGUGCUCGCCACUAAACCUCCUCCGCUUAUUUUUACCCAGGCUAACACCUUUCUUGGUGGUGACACUGUCACCUUGAAGGAGUAUGAACCCACGGCAGAAGGCGUGAUUGCAAGCUGGGCAGAAAGACAGAUUUGA